CACUGCCUAAAAAAAUCAUGGAAACUAAAGUUGCAACUGUAAAGGGUUUUGAGGAAACUGCAGCUGAUGCUACUGUUGGAAGAGCCUGUAAGGCCACAGGUAAAGUGUACUUGGCUUUAGCUGAGCAGUAUUGGAGUACGAUAAGGGACAGGCCAGUGAAACUAAGGAUGAAUAAGUCGGGUCCAGGCUCUAAGCCUCCUCUUACAGUACACCAAAUGUUCCAGUUGACGGUGGACAAUUAUGGGGAUCAACCAGCCCUCUGCUCAAAAAAGAAUGGACCUUGGGUUGCACUGUCCUAUAAAGAAUAUCAACAGCAGUGCCGAGCUGCAGCCAAGAGCUUCCUCAAGUUGGGGCUGGAGCGCUUCCAUGGUGUUGGUAUUCUUGGAUUCAACUCUCCUGAGUGGUUCAUUGCAGACAUCGGUUGCAUUAUGGCAGGAGGCCUUGCUGUUGGAAUAUACACCACCAACUCUCCAGAAGCCUGUCACUAUGUGGCUCAUGACUCUGAAGCCAAUGUGUUAGUGGUUGAAGAUUACAAACAAUUAGACAAAAUCCUCCAGGUUAGACAUAACCUACCACACCUGAAGGCAAUUGUUCAGUACAAGGGAGAAGUGAAGAAUAAGAUGAAAAACAUAUACUCGUGGACAGAGUUUAUGAAGAUUGGGAAGGGCAUAUCUGAUGCUAAGCUGGAUGCGGUAAUUAACAGUCAGAAAGCUAAUGAAUGCUGCACCCUCAUCUACACAUCAGGAACCACAGGAAACCCUAAAGGGGUUAUGCUCAGUCAUGACAAUAUCACAUGGACUGCAAACGCAGCAGGAUCUGUUGUCAAUCUGAAAAAUGGAAAGGAUUCUGUAGUGAGUUACCUGCCGCUCAGUCAUGUGGCUGCCCAAAUGAAUGACAUGUGGGUCUCCUUAAGAUUUGCAGGCACCACCUAUUUUGCCCAACCAGGAGCACUGGAGGGUUCUUUGAUCACCGUUUUGAGAGAUGUGCGUCCCACAAGCUUUUUGGGUGUUCCCCGUGUGUGGGAGCAGAUGCAGGAAGCAAUGAAAGACAACAGUGCAAAUUCUUCAUUCAUGAAAAAAAAAAUUGGAGAGUGGGCCAAGCAUAUAGGACUUCAGGCCAGCUACAACAUAAUGAAUAAUAAUCCCUCAUUGCCUUGUGGCUUCACGCUGGCUAAUAAACUGGUCUUCAGGAGGGUACGUGCAUCUCUUGGGUUGGAUUGCUGCAAAACCUGCUUUUCAGGGGCAGCACCAAUGACUAAGGACACACUGGAAUACUUCAUGAGUCUAAACAUCCCCAUCUAUGAGCUGUAUGGCAUGAGUGAGAGUGCAGGACCUCACACCAUGUCCUGGUCUGACAACUUCCGUAUAAUGAGCUGCGGUAAGGAGAUACCAGGCUGCAAAACAAAGGUGGACAAGCCAGAUGCAGAUGGCAUUGGAGAGUUGUGUUUCUGGGGCCGUCAUGUAUUCAUGGGCUACAUGAAUAUGGCUGAUAAAACUGAAGCGGCAAUAGACUCAAAAGGCUGGCUGCAUUCAGGAGACUUGGGAAAGCAUGACAUUAAUGACUUUCUAUACAUUACAGGCAGGAUUAAAGAGCUAAUCAUCACUGCUGGAGGAGAAAACAUCCCGCCAGUCCCUAUUGAGGAUGCAGUCAAGAAGGAACUGCCCAUCAUUAGCAAUGCCAUGCUGGUGGGAGACAAAAAGAAAUUCCUCUCCAUGCUUCUUACUCUUAAACAUGGUGUCAUGGUAAACAAAGUUUCAGAGAUCAUCAGAAACAAAGAGCCAGCCAUUUAUAAAGUGAUUCAAGAAGUUGUGGACAAGGUCAAUGCCAAGGCCAUGUCCAAAGCUCAGAAGGUCCAGAAGUGGGCACUUUUAUCUCAUGACUUCUCCGUAUCUGGAGGGGAGCUUGGUCCAACUAUGAAUCUCAAAAGGCCAGUUGUCUCACAAAUGUACAAAGAAGAAAUUAAUAAGUUUUAUAAAGUUUAAUUUACUCCAGUUCACAAAUUUGAACUGAGAACUUUGCAUAAGGCUGGAACUGGGGUUUGGCACAAAAAUGGGAAAAGAAUUGGGGUUAUGGCACAGGGAAAGAAACUGGAACUUGCCAAGGCUUGGU